AUGCGCUGCGGCGGCAGCCCGUCGGGCGGUGACACAAGUCCUGUUGGCUGUCCUCUGCCAUCACGCAAUGCCCAGAUCCCACAACGCAAAACACGGCGAUGUGCUUCACAUGCUGGCAGCAUUCAGCAGUCAGAGGACAAGCUGCUGGAGUACCUGGGAGUGGUGAUCUAUGAAGCUCUGGACUGGGGAAUUGACAGCCAAGUUGAGCGAGAACUGAGUGAUCCGCUGGAUAAACUGCUCUGCCUCAUGUUGAAACUGGAUGAUGAGGGAAUGAAGCCAAUAGUCACCCUGCAGGAUGUUAUCAAGGCCUGUGAGCAUCACCUGUCCAUGCCUUCUGAGGCUACCAGUCAUUACAGAAUGACCUGUAAGAGUCUUUUUACUGAAUUUAUUGAACUUCAGAAGCUUGUGUCCAUCAUCCAGACCUCCAAAGAGAGUCUAAAAAAAAUGGAUGAGGAAGAUUUGCUGGAAACCCACGUGCAGAAGAAGGAAAAACAGUGGGCAUCCCUGUGGCCCAGUGUCAUCCAUGAACUGCAGAAUGGUGUAAAGCUGCAGAAGGCCACUGAGCGACCACAGCGUCCUGUCCCUCUGAAAGAAUGUACCUACUCCCCUUAUGAAUUACUUCUAGAUGAUAUUCGGCACAAGAGGUACAAACUUCGGAAGGUGAACAUCGAGCAAAAAUGCAAAACCCCCAGCAAUGCUGUAGCCACUCCCAAGCCUCAUCUAAAACCUGUGCUGGAGCGGAAGCUGAAAGAGUGUGUGCCAUCAGAGCCUACCUUACACAAACAGCUCAUGGCAGAAAUUAAGCAACCACAGAAGCUUCGAUCGUCAUCAGCAAGGGAAAGUGGGAGCAGGCCUAAAGAUGCCAGUGCAGCACUUCAGAUCGUGAACACAAGAGCACAGCAUCCGAGAUCAGGAAUUCAGGAAAUGACUCCAAAGCUGUCUUCCAGCACCCAGCAUGCCUCAGCCAGGUCAUCAGUAGUGUCCUACAGCAGCACAGGUCUUGCUGCAGAUCAUACACUUCCUCCCGUGAGCACACCCCUGCUAGGAGACCUUCAGCAUAACAGUGUCCUGAAUGUUGGCCAGCAGCAGCUGCAUCCUUACAGAAGAAGGUCCAAAUCUUUAGACACUGGCCUUCAAAGCAAGAAAUUUGACUCUUACUUUCCUACUACAAGGCCAUCACCUACCAUUGCUGAACUGAUUGGAACCAGAUAUGCAAUGAUAGUGCUGAAAAGGGGAGGCUUUUCCCAAGGAAGUAGUGAUGGUGUCUUUCCAAGAGCAAAGAUCUGUUUCAGCUGCCGUAAGCAGAUGUUUCUUAAGUGGCCUUACAGCUGUUACCUCUGCAGCAGUGUCGUCUGCUGUGACUGCUGCAUCAAGGCAAGUCUAGUCUUUACAACAAACAUGUUUUUUCUUUUCUGUUUUCUCUGCACUUCAUUUAGUCAUAAGAAGCUUUCCUUCAUCCCACUGGUACCUCAAAUCUACCCUCUAGCUUGUUUCUAAGAAAAUAGGCAGUAAUAGAAGAUGCAAAAACAACUAGGAAA